AUGACGACUUCGCUGGUUUUGCAUCCACGCUGGGCGGACACCUUGAUGUACGUAUAUGAAAAAAGCCCGAAUGAAAACAAUCAGAAUAAAAACCAAUCCAUGGAGGGACUAAGCGGGAAUUGUCCUGCUACCCAUUGCAGGGAGCUGAUCUCUCACUCUGCUUUGGGACGACACUCUGGAAGUUUAAGCCACCAGGGUUCUGUGUACUCGGACCUACCUUCCCAGGACGGCGUGCGACAGUGUCCGGCUCCCCAGACUUCAUCUAGUGCUACCUUGAAUUAUGGCUACCCGUUUGGAAGCUCUUAUUACGGGUGUAGGUUGUCACACUCGCACAACGUUAACUUGCAGCAGAAGUCAUGCUCGUACCACCCUGCAGAUAAGUAUACAGAAAACUGCGCGGCACUUCCCACGGAAGAGUUACCAAGUCGGACCAAGGAAUUCGCCUUCUACCCAAGUUUUGCCAGCUCAUACCAGACUGUCCCAGGAUACUUGGACAUGUCUGUAGUUCCUGGUAUAAGUGCGCACCCAGAACCAAGACAUGAUACUUUGAUUCCAAUGGAUGGCUACCAGCACUGGGCUCUAUCUAAUGGCUGGGACGGACAGGUGUACUGUUCUAAAGAACAAACACAGUCAACACAUCUUUGGAAGUCGCCCUUCCCAGAUGUUGUUCCUUUGCAACCAGAAGUGAGCUGCUACCGACGAGGCCGCAAAAAGCGAGUUCCUUACACCAAGGUCCAACUGAAGGAGCUAGAGAAAGAGUAUGCAGCCAGCAAGUUCAUCACCAAAGACAAGCGACGGCGAAUAUCUGCCGCCACUAAUCUUUCCGAACGCCAGGUCACCAUCUGGUUCCAGAACCGACGGGUGAAGGACAAGAAAUGUGUUUGUAAAUCUAAAUCAAGCUCUCAUAUGCAUGACACUUGACUCAGUCCAAUCUCAAUGACAUGGCAAUUCAAAUACGUAACACAGAAAAGCUCAAUAUUUCUCUGUUAACAAAAUGUAUUAUCUCAAUUCCAUAUUUGGAAAUAAACUGGGGGGAAAUACAGAAGAUUGACUGAAAACUCGCGUUUGGAACGAAUGCUCUUUUAGGAGAAUCAAAGCAAUGUUAGUAUAGACUCGGACCUACCCCAUGACGAACAUUUGGGAUUAAUCAAGUUAACCGAGGUCUUAGGAUUUCAUAUAGCGGCUAAUGUACGUACCUUGACAAACAAAUUCACUUUCCAUUGGUUUUAGUUUUAUCCAAGGGAAUGAGCAAGGCUGCUAUUAUCUAUGUUUGUGCAUUCAUUAUUUAAUGAAAGGUUAUCUUGUGUGAUAUGGAAUGUAAAUUGCUGUAUUCUAUGGCUCUACUUU